CAUUUGCAUCUUAUCUCUCUAGGCAAAGAAAAAACAAGCCAUCUCGGAAUUGAAAUCAGAAAAGACCCCGGUACUGGAGGAAGAGAAUGAUGCCUUUGUUACAGUUUCCGCCCCUAAAUCAUCCUCCCAAAAACUGAAAACAGACUGUGACCCCCCUGACCACUUUACAGAAAUUCAGCUGAAUGAUGACACGGGGACAUCGGAAAUAAAUCGGAUAAGCGAGUUGUCCUUGGCAGACUCUUCUGGCAUCAAAGAUGCAAAGGACAAAGAUGGGUCCAAAGAGCUGCCUGUUCCUGAGGGUCCGGACCCUACAAGAGAGAAAACCGAUCCCAGUGUUAGUUAUCCUGCACAUGACCUUGAAUUGUCCACCAAUGUGGCUCAAUGCAUGGAAAGGACAAGCCCCUCCUUGGACAACGAGACCAUAGAGGUCCCUGAAAUAAGACCUAGAGAGGUGGAUCGUGUCAACACUCCGCAUUUUGUGGAAGCCAAAGAGAUUCUGCAUUUGUCCAAGGUUAAGUCUUUGUACCCGGAGCUACCCGAGCCGAUCUUUGACCACACGAGCGCUGUGGCCACCAUUAAGCCCCUUGUCGCCAGUGAGAGGCUCUAUCCGGAGCUCCCGCAGCAGCCCAGGCCCGCGGCGUUUACUCGGGAACAGCUGAAGAUCUUCGAGCCGUGCUCUUGGCUGGAGAACGUGGACUCUUUCACCGAGGAGUUUGAGAGGAUCGCACAUCAGGACCGCCAUGAGUUCCACGAGCUACUGAUGAACUAUGGCCGGUGCAGGAAGCAGCUUCUGCUGGCCGAUUCCAAGCUUCAGAUCAUGAUUUCCGACUGGAAGAACAUCAAGAGCAAAGUCUGGGAUUUUAAGGAAGAGCACAUGACAGUACAGGGUCUCUGUGAAGAUCAAGCCAAGGUGGUUGGGUAUCACCACUAUCAGACGGCGGAGGUCAAUACGUCGGCACUGGCAGACAUGAAACGGCUGUUUGAGCUGAAGUCCGAUCACCUAUAUCAGACGUUCGCUCUGCACUCCUAUACAUCAGUGUUAUCUCGGCUGCAGGUUGAGUCUUAUAUCUACGGAAUGGUCAACAAUUCUCCCUUCCUCCGGUCAGUGGCCGUCUACCAUCCAGACUAUGCUCCUCAGAAGUUGGAGGGAUCUCACUCCGAUCUCAUCUUAUUGAAGGAAUGUAUCAGCGUUUUGUUCAGCUUCACCCGGCGCCUCAUCGAGGACACCCAGUUCCAGAACGACAUUCUGCUGUGGCUUCAAAAGCUGGUCUCUGUGCUGCUGAAGGUCGGAUGUUUGGGGGACCAUCUCUUUCUCCUAAACCAUGUCCUGCGCUGUCCUGCUGGCAUUAAUAAAUGGGCUGUCCCCUUCAUACAGGUCCGAGUUUUGCACAAUCCGGCCGGCGUCUUCCACUUCAUGCAGCAGCUUGCCGUGCUCAUGUGUCCGAUCAGAAACCGCACUGACUUCCUGUGUCACAUGAAACCCAAUGAGAGAAAAGGAUCCUCAUCGGGAAAAGAGUCUGGGAACUGGACACUGGUGGACGAGGGAGGCGAGGAGGAUGAAGACCCAGAGACCAGCUGGAUGUUACUUUCAGAAGAAGACCUUAUUUGCCUUUUGGGACAGUUCCCAUUUCAUGAACUUUUCAAGAAUGUUCUAGGGUUCAAUUCAAGAGGGGAAUAUUGCCCUGAGAAAACCACACCACAAGAAAUGAUGAAGAUCUUUGCCUUUGCCAACUCCUUAGUUGAGCUUCUGGCAUUGGGCUUGGAAACUUUUAACAGGGCGCGAUACCGUCAGUUUGUGAAAAGAAUCGGACGCAUUAUCAGGAUGACGCUGUGCUAUAUCAGUGACCACUGGGCUCUGUACUUGAGAAGUAACUGUGACAAGGAGCAGACCUCUGAGCUCUACUCGCUGGGGAAGCUGCAGGCCGUGUAUGAUGAGCUCUUCCUGACUACCGUUCUUCAUGUGCUGAAGGCCAAGAGGUUGGGGAUUUGGCUCUUCAUGUCUGAGAUGCCUUAUGGGACUUUGUCCAACGGCAUGCUUUGGAAGCUCUUCUACCUCAUGCACCAUGCGGAGAGCGAGAAUGUGGAGAGCCUGUACUCUGUGGUAGAUGCAGCCACAUGCAAGUCUUCUCUCAGCGAUCUGGUAAAUCAUGACAAAUUUGAGGCGUAUUUCUCCACCAUGAACACUUCAGAGGCCAUUUGUCUUCUUACCACAUUCGCCCAGAUGGCACAGACCAAGCAGUAUGAUAUAGACAAAGACCUGAUCAAGACCAUCACCUUGGCGAUCUAUGAAGUAUCCUAUGUGAGUCUGUCUACAAGAGAGGCUUAUUCCAAAGUGGGACGUGAGCUUCUAGCCUCUAUUACUGCUGCACACAGUGACCUCAUAUCCAUUAUCCUGGAACGUGUCCAAGAGACCAUCGAUAAAGUGGGAAUGGUUUCAUUGUACUUCUUUAAAGAAUUGCCUUUACACUGCUGGAAGCCGAGCGCCGCAGAAAUCGGCGUCAUCAGGAAUUGGCUGCUCAACUACAACCUCUCGGAAGUGGAGAACAAACUGGCUUGUAUCAUCCUGGAGGGCCUCAACUGGGGCACUAGUGACUCGGAAACUCUCUUCCUGGAUCACACUGUACAUAUAGAGGUGGCGCUGAUGGUUCUGGAGGCUUAUCAGAAGUUUAUCUCGGACAAGCCAUACACUGGAAUCAUCUCAGAGAGUAUUAAACAGGUUUCUUACCUGGCCAGCAUCGUCCGGACAGGACAGACCCCGGAAGCCUCCUUUAACCAGUGGGCCUGGGAUUUGGUCUUGAGACUUAAGUUACACAGGAACGAUCGUCCCGAGCAGCUGUGCGAUGCUGUGCCGGAUCUGACGGAAGCGAAUGUACUACAUCCCGUUCUGAAGGCCGUGAAAUCCAGCGUCCCCAUUGGCUGUUACAUUGCUCUGGCAGCGGCCUCGGCUGGGCACACUGUGGACAAGUUCUGCGCGGAAGGAGUGAUGAUGUUUGGGGACUUGGUGCAAGCGAGACAUCUGCGUGCCGUGGUCCAUAUUCUGGAUAAAAUCCUGCCCAUGUUUUACCCAUGUCCCAGCUAUCUACUGAAAAAUGAACUGUUCCUGUCCUAUAUACAGCUCUUCCUGCAGCUGGACAGCGGGGUUCCUCAGGGGAUGACUAUGCAGAUGACUCACAAGGUCACCCAGCACCUGACUUCCAUCAACUACGGGGAGAAUGUCAAGCUGCUCACUAACAUGGUCCAGACCCACAUUGCUGCAAGCACUAAUCCCAAUGAAGUGGGCCCGGUGGCGGUGCUGGAGUUCUGGACUCAGGUCCUCAUAAGUCAGCAGCUGUGGCACAGAGAUAAAGGCAGCCUGCACCUCAUGGACCAGCUCUGUAAAGCGGCAUUCAGAUACAUGGAGGAGGAGUGUGUGCAGAAACUGCUCUACCAACAGCACAAGGAUGCUCUUGGAUAUCACUGUGACCGCGGCAUUCUCUCCUCUUUCGUUGGCUGGAUUGUCGCCGGCAAUGUUACUCCUUCAUUUAUUGAUUCCAACUACAACCCUUCUCAGAUCUGGUUCUCAUGGACUGUGCUGAACACAGAAUCUUUGUUUGAAGAGGAUUCCCAACUACGGCGGGUUGUGGAAUAUGAGUUACUCAGCAAAUCGAUCUCACCAGAUCAAGCUCUUAAGAAAGCCCAGCAGCAGCUGAAGUUGCCCAUUGUGCCUUCUUUACAAAGGUUGCUGAUUUAUCGCUGGGCUCACCAGGCCAUGGCUACCCCAGCAGAUCACCCCCUCUUACCAUUUUUUUGGCAAAAGUUUUUCCUUCUCUACCUGAGCCGGCCAGGACCACAGUAUGGGUUACCGGUUGAAGGAUGUAUCGGGAAGAGGUUCUUCAGCAGCCCGGCCCACCAUCACCUCCUUAAACAGAUGAAGCGCCGCCUGAUAGAAGUUGCUGAUUUUCACCACUUGGCAAGCAAAGCCAUCCGAGCCCUCGGCCCCAUGGAUGGAUCUCCGGUCUUCUCAGACUCAGGGGGAAGCUCACCGGAGUGUAUGACGUCUCCAGAUCUGCACAAGGAGCUGGUCAAGUUGUUUAAUGUUUUUAUUGUGUGGCUGGAGGAUGACAAGUUUCAGAAAGGAGAUGUCUACAUACCAUCCUUGACCAAACAUUACGACCCGCACCGAUUGGCCAAGAUCAUGCGCGGCGAGCAGAAUCUAUGGAUGGAGUUUAUCAACAUGGAACGGAUCAUGUUUGAAAUUCAGGAAGCUGUCAAUGCUUGGACCCAAAUCAAGGUGGAGAUGGACACCAGUUUGCUGACUCCGGCUCUCACAGUGGAUACUCCACUCUCAGCCACAGUCCACAGAGGAUCCCGGAUGAGCCUCCCAUACCAGGCGGGGACGCCAAGAGAAGACCCCGCAAGGGAAGACGUUACGUGCGGCUUACAGGUGGUCACAGGUGCGAAGGAGAGAAUCCUGAUCAGCCUGAAGAAGCACAACGCCCCGGUCCCUGGUACUACAUUGCAACUGAUGAAGCCCCCCGUAUCAGCCAUUCCACCAUCUUGUUUUCUCAACUCCCAGGAUGCCAUGAAACUUGUGCACAAAGACCUGACAGUCCUGCAGCAGCAUGCCAAAACUUCCUCCAUGCGAGAGUCCCAACAAGUGGCCUUAGACGGUGAGAUGCUCGACACCAUCCCUAAACUCUACGUCAACAGAGAGGAGCAGAUCGAAAUGAAUAUAGAGUGCCGCAGCAACCACAGUAAGACCUGCAGUGGGCCAGCCGUUGUGAUGGUUAAGUUUGAAGGGAUGCAGAUGGAUGAGGCUGUGACCCAGCAGCUCCAUGUCCUUCGCAGAGAGAUGAAACAGCUGCAAGCCGAAGCCACCAAACCCACAGCACUCAACAUUAUAGAAACUGCCGUGCAUCUGGAGAACUUCAUCACGGCCCUCGUCAAUGCUUAUAAGGGGCAUUCUCCUGUGGAGAUACAGAAAAUCGGUAUUGGGGCCUUCUUUGCCGUGGUUGAGUUUGUGUGUGACGAAACGCAGCGCCACCCUCCUUCCCGACAGUUCUUCACCUCUUGUAUUGAAAUACUGGGACAGGUGUUUAUAAGUGGGACCCAGUCGGAGUGCCGGCCCAUACUCCAGACCAUUCUUCGUAAUCGGCGCCUCUGCAACCUGCUGUCUCCGUAUUUCACCCCGGCCGCCUCGCCGGGAGAAUUCGUACACUUGUACGGGAAGGUGGUGGAAGCCAUUUCUGAGGACAACAGUGACGUCAUCUUUAUGCUGCUCACCAAGUUUGAUCUGAACCAUUGGCUGAAUUCUGCGAAACCUUCCAUGUCUGAAGCGCAGCAAUUGCUGGAGUCUGUGCACCUGGCCCUGACACUCUGCGGCUUGGAACCCGAGGAAGACCUGCUGAUGCCCUUUAAUAUUUUCUGCAAACACUGGAGUUCCAUCCUCCGCUAUCAGUUCCCGGAUCACUACAGCGACUGCCUGCGGCUUCUCAUGCAGAGUUCCUCCGAACAGCUUCUGAGCCCGGAGUGUUGGAGAACGUCAUUGAAAGCUAUUGGAUGCUACAGCCCCAGAGUCCCCCCGAACAACGUGAAACCGGAUAACAAAGACCCGCUCAUGUUUCCAAACUGCACCAAUAAAACAAUGUUAUCGGCUGAGCAGGUCCUGGAGACUAUCAAAUGGCUUUCAGACUUCUUCUCCAAACUGCGUUUGUCCAAGACGGACUUUCAGAGCUUCGGCUUACUGUCCAAGUGGAGUCUGUACAUGGCGGAAGUGAAGAUCUUCCUAGAAUAUCUGGUGAAAAGUCUAAUAGACUACGAGGUCCUCGGCAUCAAACUGGAGCCCAUGGGAAGCCAUGCUGUGCAGACAGGACUGAAAUCGCUGCAUUCAGUGCUCACGGAGCUCUUCAAGCCCUGGAUGAUGGUUUUGGAUUCGGGAGAGAACAGCACUCAGCGCUGUUACCCCUGGCUAGAGAAUGACACGCCCACUGCAAUGGGAAUGGUCCAGCUGUUUUCUGAUUGUAUCCUCGCCCUACACCAGAAAUUCCAGGAUCACCUGCUGCCCGGCCAGCGAGGGGCGCUGUGGCUGCACCUAAUGCACUAUUGUGAAUCCUGUACGGCCCCCAUGAGCCCAGAGUACAUCCUAUUUGCCUACCACACAGAAUACAUAAAGUUACCCUGGAAAGACAUGUACCCCGACCAGACGCUGAUGGAGGAAUUCUUCAAAGUCGAGCGAGGUAGUCCCAAAAGUUGCUUCCUCUUCCUGGGAGCUGUGCUGUGCGACGUGAACUGGGUGAGUGUCCUAGCAGACGCCUGGGGUCCCGUUCCUCGCCCGGAAACGCACCGGAUGCUGGUCUGUCUCCUCUAUAUGAUGGUCUUCCUCACCAAAGAGGAAAAGCUCAUUGAUGAGCCGGGGGCUCCACUGAUCAAUCUCUUAGGGCAAGCCGGCACGUUGUCAUGGCACCUGGUGGAUGCCGUCUCCUACCAGAACGUCAUUGGGUAUUUCAGCAGCCAUUACCCACCUUCAGUGAUCCUGAGCUCCCAUCUGGCAGAUGAGCUCCUUUUGAAGCUGCUCCGAGUCUCCGCAGGACUCACCUCUUUUCCCGACUGCAGUAUCUAUUCCGAUGUGACUCCCAAGUGUCGGAUAUUUGUGCAGCAGAUGGUUCAGUUUUUGGGCUCUUUGGAACAGAGCAACAAAAUCAGCACUUCAGCCCUAGAGCAAGAGAUGUCCAAAUUGUUGGAUGACAUUUCCAUUUUCAGUCCACCAGAUCUGGAAAUGCAAAAGCGUCACAUGGCAGUGAGCAGUCUCUUCAUGGAACUUCUGAUGUUAAUGAACAAUGCCAGCGUGACCACAGCUGAGUCACUACGAGGGGCCCUGGUACAAUGGAUUGACUCUAAAGUACAAGGCUUGAUGGUCAUGCCUCUGCUGACUGCAGCUUGUCAGAGCCUGGCCUCCAUCAAACAUAUGGCAGAAGCCACUGAAGCCUGUAUCCUCUCCUACUUCAAGGAUGACACGCUUCAUAACCAGAACCCAGGCUGGGGUCCGAUACUGGCAUCCCUGCAAGUGCCAGAGCUCACCACUGAGGAGUUUCUACAGGAAUGCCUGACUCUCGGAAGCUACCUGACUCUCCACGUCUAUGUCCUACAGUGCUUAAACAAAGAACAGACCCUGACCAAUGAGCUGAGGGUGCUGGUGAGACUCUCCAAGUGGCUGGAGCAAGUGCAGCCAAGCUCUGUGAAUGACGAGCCCAAACUCUUCCUGUGGUUCCACAAAACUCUCCAGCUAUCCUUGAUCCAGGUGGAGCAGAAUGACAGCACAGUGACAGAUACAAUUAUAAGAAUAUUGCUGUCCUUUCAGACCAGACUGUGCUUUUUGGGAGAGGAGAGGAUGACGGCUGGGAUUCUGGGGGCCAUUGGACUCGGGAGGAAAUCGCCACUGUCUGCAAGAUUUCGGAUUAUCGCUCGUAGCUUGGCUGCCUUCAUUUUAGCUCAGAUUCCUGCCGAAAACCAAGUGCGCCUUAGGGCGGGAUCUGGCCUUUACAUGUCGCCAAAAGCUCAACAGGCUUUAGGUGCGGUGGAGUCUCUGACCUCGAGCAAGCAGUAUGCGGAGUACCAGGACCAGAUCUCCCAGGCCGUGCAGUUCAUCCGGUACCCAGGUCACUGCCUUCAGGACGGAAACACACUGCUGGCUCUGCUCAUCAACUCUUUGUACCCGGAAGUGCAUUAUCUGAAUAUCAUACGAUGAACUGCCAAUCUCCCACCCGUGGAAGCUUUUUUAAAAUGCUUUUCAGUUUUUGUAGCUAUUUAUAUCACGCAUUUCAUGUUUUUUACAACAUCCUGUAUAGGUGUGCUCACAUGUAAGAGACAUUAGAAGUGAAUGCAGAUGUAGUGAUUUAUUCUUAAAAGGGGGUUGUACAGGCAGAACAUCCAGCGCUUUUAAUAGAUAGGUAAGAGUUAAUAUUGUAAGUCCUGCUGUGUAUGUAGUGUGUGCAAUCUUUGUUUACAUACCUCUUCAUAAAAGUCGGUCACUGGGCUCAUUUACUAUUAGCCAUUAAUGAUGCAAAGUAAUCCACAAGGAGAAAGGCAGAACCCUCACCUCCUGCCGGCCAUUCUGUGCUUGGCAUAGUACAGAAGGAAUCAGUGCGAUACAGAACACAAAAGUAAGUGAAGUCUUACGUUACUGUCCAAUCACCCUUUGCCUAUCAACUUUUUAUGCUCAGUAUCAAAUUAAAAUGUCGGCUGUGAA